UGUUUUGCGCAUGCGCGUUUGUUUCUUUUCCGCACCGGUUGCGCUCACGCCGGCACCGCUGGGUCCUUGUGCUCGCGGAUUAGUGGCCACGUCUCCCGGAAGAUGGAUCCGGUUCGCCUUUCCUAGCCUGCGGCCUGGCAGUUGUGCCCGGCGCUCUUUGUCUUACUGCGUCCUUCUUUUCGUCUUUUUGGGCCCGAUCUGGACUCUUGGCUUUCGAGGUCGGGGCAGGGGCUGAAACAAACUGGAGCUGAAGGUUCUUGUGACAGGUCGUGAUUCAGCAGGUGAAGCUUUUUCUCAUCGGGGGACAGCGGGUGAAAAUUGGAUGACUGGAUUUUGUGUAGUCUUUGACAUCAAUAAUGUCGUGGCUUGCUGAACUGGCUGGAAAGGCAGAGGAUCUUCUCAACAGAGUAGAUCAAGGUGCUGCAUCUGCCUUAAGCAAGAAGGAGGAAGGAGGCAACGUGAUCUACAGCAACAGUCGCCUGGAUGAUGUCGGCGAGUAUUCCAGGCUUGAACCACAGAGCAGAGAGCAGCAGUUUCAGGCAUCGUCUAAAUCCAACUUCAUAUCCUCAGCAGCAGAAAAUAUUAAACACCAGAAGGCAACAAUCCUAGCAGGGACUGCCAAUGUUAAAGCACCACCUAGGGCAUCUGUGGAAGCCUCUCCUUCCACUGACAUGGCUUCCACUCCCAGGCCCUCUUCCCAGUUUGUGCGAAGGAAAAAAUCUGAACCCAGUGAUGAGCUCCUGUUUGAUUUUCUCAAUAGCUCUGAAAAAGAACCAAAUGGGAAAAAGGAGCUUAAAAAAGAGAAAACCAGACCGGCCGCUGCUCAAAAUCAUUCUCGGACUUCAAGCAUUAGCUCCGUGUCGGCAAGUUCUCAGAGCUUGAAAACCAGUGAAGAUGUUUCCAUUCAGAGCCAAGGCAAUGGGACUCCUGAUAGUUCCAGUUCUGGACUGGAGGCUGAUGUGGAUGUCAAAAAAGAGACAUUGCAGAGCACAGAACAGAAUCCCACCCUUGUGCCCAGUGAUAGCACAUUGCACGAGCUAUCCAAUCUUCGCUUAGAGAAUCAACUUCUGCGGAAUGAAGUGCAGUCUUUAAAUCAAGAAAUGGCUUCAUUAAUCCAGCGAGCCAAAGAGACCCAAACAGAAUUAAAUAAUGCCCGGGCAAGAGUUGAGAAGUGGAACGUUGAGAAUUCACACAAUGACAGGCUGGUUCGGGAGCUUCGAGCUCAAGUUGAUGAUCUGACAGAAGCGGCUGCUGCCAAAGAUUCUCAGUUGGCUGUCUUGAAAGUGCGAUUACAGGAAGCAGACCAGCUUCUGAAUUCACGCAGUAAGGCAUUGGAAGCACUGCAGAACGAAAAAUCACGAAUAAUUCAGGAUAACAGUGAAGGGAACAGUUUGCACAAUCAAGCUCUCCAGAUGCUUCAGGAAAGGCUGCACGAUGCAGAGUCUGCACUUAGAAGGGAGCAAGAAGGCUACAAACAGAUGCAGAAUGAGUUUGCUGCUCGUCUGAGUAAAAUGGAAGCGGAACGUCAGAAUUUGGCUGAAGCUGUAACUGCAGCUGAAAGAAAGUUGGCGGAAGAGAAGCGGAAGGCAGAUGAAUUUCAGCAGCAAGUUAAAACAGCCAAAGCUGGUUUGGAGUCUGCCAAGCAGGAGUUGGUUGACUACAAACAAAAAGCUACACGGAUCCUCCAGUCCAAAGAAAAGUUGAUAAACAGUUUGAAAGAAGGCUCUGGGAUUGAAGGCCUGGACAGCCAAACAGCAAGCCUUAUGGAGUUGGAAGAACUGAGACACGAGCGGGACAUGCAGAAGGAAGAGAUGCAGAAGCUACGGGGGCAAAUACAGCAACUGAGAACAGAACUGCAGGACGCAGAAGCACAGCAGAUAAGUGAAGCUGAGUCCACCAGAGAACAAAUUCAAGAUUUGCAGGAUCAAAUUUCAGCACAAAAAACAGCCAAGCAAGAAGUGGAGGCUGAGCUAGAAAGACAGAAGCAGGAGCUUCGCUAUACUGAAGAAGAACUUUACCGAACCAAAAGUACACUACAGAGCCGAAUAUCGGACAGAGAGGAGGAAAUUCAGAAACUGAGAAACCAACUGACAAACAAAACACUGAGUAGCAGUAGCCAGACAGAGUUGGAAAAUCGACUGUAUCAGUUGACUGAGACACUGAUUCAGAAGCAGACCAUGCUGGAGAAUCUCAGCACAGAAAAGAACUCGUUAGUUUACCAACUUGAGCGACUGGAGCAGCAGCUAAAGAAUGCCCAAGGACCUGCGGCAAACGGUCCUGCCAUUAAUAUGGCUGGAAUCGAAAGCAGUGAAGGCACUCGCAUGCGAAAUGUUCCUGUCCUUUUUGGUGAUCUCGAUGUGAACACGGCGGGAAUGUAUGGCAAAGUCCGCAAAGCUGCCAGUUGUAUCGACCAGUUUAGCAUUCGACUUGGAAUCUUUCUACGACGGUAUCCCAUUGCAAGGGUAUUUGUAAUCAUUUAUAUGGCUUUGCUUCAUCUCUGGGUCAUGAUUGUUCUGCUCACCUACACGCCAGAAAUGCAUCCCGUGAAUCCAAAUGGGAAUUAAAACACAAUUCUGGAGGAGAGCAGACUCCUGCGAUUAAUAGAAACUUUAUUGACCACGAGAACAACAGAAAGCAGUUGUGAAAUAAACGAAGGGGAAGGGAGCGCAUUGCCGGGGCAAACACGGUUCAGCCACUGCUACUUCUCUUCUGCUCCUGCCCUGGCAAACCUAACUUAUUCGACCGGUGAUCUAAGUUUAGUACCUUUCACUUAUAUAAAACCAAAACUAUCUCCUUAGGAAACGGCUGUUGGGUGAAUUCGAACCUCUGUGCUGCCUUUAUCACGGCCCUAGUGGGUCACGCACAUCAACACUUCUACAUUUGCGCAGAACAAUAGUUGGUUUUGAGAACAGAGAUGUCUAUGAUACAUACUGAAGUUUUGGUCCUACAGAACAAGGGAGAUAACUGGACUUUGAAGUGGAAACAAAUGUUUGUUCUUUCCAUUCUGUUCUUGCACCUUCUACCUUUGUAAAUAUAUAAAUUUCGCUUUCCUUUCAUUUGUUCAUAUAUUGCAGACCUGAUGGCUUCUUGACAGUGUUGUAGCUUCUUGACACCCUCCUUUGUAUAUAGCUUUAAAUACAAAUAAAAAUAUAUUAUGCAUUGCUUUAAUUUUAGUCCUUUGGCAUUUCAGAAAUGUUAUCUUCCAUAGUAAUAUUAGAAAACUUGUGUUUUAAAUGCAAAUUUUAAUAAUCGUGUAUAAUUGUGUACAUAUAGAAUGCCAAGUGCCUUUGUUCCUUGCUUCUCUGACAUGGCCCAUUAGCUGCCUUUCUUGUGUUCAGAUUUUCACGGCCUCUAUCUUAACGUUAAUAGGAUGUUAACAGGGGAGAAAAUAUUUAUUCAUCUGUAAGCUCAAACUGGACUCAGGUUUCAUAAAUGUAUCACAGGCUCAUCAUUAAAGGGGCUGCCAGAGGACAAUAAAAGCAGGAACCUAAUUCAAGUUCCUUCUGACCA